AGUGGAUAUAGAAUUCUGCUCAGACGUUCACCAUCAUCUCUUUUUCACAUUCAGUCCCCAUAAUUUUCAACUGAACGUCAGAGCAGAGGUAGAAGAGAUGUGCGGAUCGGAUGGAGGAGGGUAUAAAGCAGCUUUAAGCCACGGAUUUUAGGGAGGAAAGGAAAAUCUCAUUCUGGAGCUGAAUGGUUUGAGUUGUGAUUUUGUAAGAGAGGUGCAGCAGCUAUAUUCUAAAUUUGCUUACUGCAAUUGCAAAGUCCCUCACCAUGGGAAGAAAAAGCAAAUCCCAUUCCGACCCAACAACCAGCAUGACCAAGAAGAAGGCCAAAGCAGUAAAAGAAGAUGAAAAAGUUGGCGGCACUGACAUUAUCUCAAAGCUACACCCAAAUAUUGUGACAGACAUUCUGUCACGACUGCCCUUUAAUACCGUAUUAAGCUGCAGGUGCGUUUGCAAGACAUGGCUACAUCUUCUCGUGGACCCCAGUUUUGCUCAAUUGUAUCAAACAAGAGCACACCCCUGCAUCAUCCUCCAACCCACAUAUAGACGCCGUAACCAACACCUCUACGCUGUUCAUUUUGACAAUAGAAAUCGUGUGCGUAAGUCUAGCACUAGAAUAAAAUUUGCCACCAAAACUCAUUUAUGUAUGGGAUGUAAUGUGAAACUUAGUUUGCUUGAUUCAUGUAAUGGGUUGAUCUUGCUAGGCAGUCAUUAUCAUUAUCACGACUUUGUGAAAUUGGACCAAUUAUUUGUGUGUAAUCCUAUUACGGGUGAGUUCGUCAUAAUUAAGCAUAAGCCUGGUAUCAACCUAACAUUCUCUAAUGCCUGUCUUUGUCUUGGCUUUUGUCCCAAAACUCAAGUAUACAAGGUGGUUCUCUUGUUCAAACAAAAGUAUGGAGUUGAAGUUAGUAACAGCAUGCCGACUCAUGUGUACACACUUGGAGUGAAGGGUAAUGGUCUUUGGAAGAGUGUUAAUGUUGGAGAUGAUGUGCUCUGUCAGCCAACAGAUACUAUUUUUCUCAAUGGAAUCAUUCAUUGGGUUGUGAGAUCCGCUUCUGUACCUCAGUUUAUAUAUUCCUUUGAUGUAGAGGAUGAGUGUUUUCGACCAGUUCCACCACCUCCUGAGUUUGUGUCACCUGAGCAAACUACGCGGUCAAGGUGGACUAUUAGUCUUGGGGUGUUGGAAGGUUGUCUUGCGAUUGGUGAAUGUGCUAAAGAUGCGUACUUUCACAUAUGGGAAUUUGGUUUCUUUCAAUCCAGCAAACUCAAGUUUCAAGUUUCAUAG